AUGCAAAAUAGGGCUGAUGAUAUGGAUCUUCCGAAACUAAAGUCGAGACAAAUGAGUGAGCCGGAGACGGGGAGCAAUCUUCUUUCAGAGGUCUCCGAGGCCGUUUCCUCUGACUGCCCCUCACCUGGAAAGAAUAAGAGGUUCGGAGCCCGAAGCGAUUUGAAAGAAGAGGUCUCCUGGCGAACAAGCAGCCCGACGGCGACGAAAAGCGGUCUCGUGACAAAGCGUUCUACUCGCAAUCCGAGAACGCCGAUGAUGAGUAUGAGCAAGAAAACCUUGACUAAAGAAGACUACAAGCAGCUCAUUGAAAUGCACUCGAGAACUUUGAAAGAGACGAGCUCGGCGCCGACCUUGAGCUUUGUCGAUUUGACGGAGGAUGAUGCUCCUUCUUUCAAAAGAAUCAUGACGCCGACUCCAGCGCAGCGAGUUCCAUCUAGCUCACAAGAAGAAGCGUUCCUGACGCAGGAGAAAUUGUUCUACGAGAUACAGGACCGAGAAACCGGCGAGGAAGUGGCUAGGCUGGAGAAAGCGAUUGAAAACAUUCGACUCAAGAGGGCAGCAAAACUAGCAUCGCGCGAGAAAACUGAGGCACCACUGAUAGACGCCAUUUGUGCCAAGUACUCGUUUACUAAAGCUCCCGCGCCAAAGAUUCCAGAGCUGGAUGAGCUCCUACCCAAAACAAGGACGUAUUUUGGGUCCGAAAAAUCAAGAUUACCAGGCACCUCCCUUAUUGUUUCAACUUCCUGUCCAAUUGCUAUUCUAGUGAUUGGGCGACAAAAAACCAAGAUUCUUUCUUCACAAAAAGUCUUCCAGUGA